AUGCCAACCCGCCACCCGCCCAGCCCGGCGAUUCAUGCUCGUGACUUUCCGCUCCGGGAGGGCCUUGAGCAGUCGACAUCACUGCUUGCACCCCACGGCCGCGGCCACCCCGUCGACCAAGCCGGCUACUCGUCCGAGUCUGAAGAGGACGACAGUUCGUGGACAGACACGGGUGACAUCGCCGAGCAGCUCGACGACGAAGAUCCACUGCGACAACGGGUGACAGAAACACUCGACGGCGACGACACGCUCGCGGGCGUCUUGAAGAAGAAGCAUCAUAGCCGCCACUCAAAGCGAGUCCGAUACAGGGAGCCGCUGUCCUCUGGCAGCAGCCGGUCAACGUCUCGACACGCUGGCGUCAUCGACAAGGAGGCCAUCCAGAUUCCAAACAUCGGCAACCACAAGGCAUCCAGGGCGGAGCGCCUGCUAGCCACAAUCAUGACGGGCGGCUCGAGUUCCAUCCACGGCCUGACGGGCAAGCCGUUACUGUAUUUUACUUCGAUUUUUGUAUCAUUAGGUGUCUUCCUCUUUGGAUAUGACCAAGGUGUCAUGUCCGGCAUCAUCAUCGGCGAGUAUUUCAAAAAGUAUUUCCAUGACCCGACCCCGGUGCAGAUCGCGACCAUGGUCGCGAUCCUCGAGGUCGGCGCCUUCAUUUCUUCCCUCGUCGUCGGCCGGGUCGGCGACAUCAUCGGACGGCGGAAAACCAUCUUCUACGGGUCUUGCAUCUUCUUCGUCGGCGGUGCCCUGCAGAGCUUUGCAGCGAACAUGACCAUGAUGAUGGUGGGCAGAGUGCUGGCCGGUCUCGGCGUCGGCAUGUUGUCGACCAUCGUGCCGGUCUACCAGUCCGAGAUCUCCCCUCCUCACAACCGUGGCCAGCUCGCGUGCAUCGAGUUCACAGGGAACAUCGUUGGAUACGCCACCUCUGUUUGGGUUGACUACUUUUGCAUGUUCAUCAAGAGUGACCUGUCUUGGCGUCUACCCUUGUUGAUGCAGUGCGUUAUGGGCGGCCUGCUCGGUCUCGGCAGCUUGAUCAUUGUCGAGUCACCCAGAUGGCUGCUGGACAACGACCAUGACGAGGAGGGCAUCGUCGUCAUCGCGAACCUUUAUGGUGGCGGCGACAUCCACAACCCUCGUGCCCGCGAAGAGUUCCGCGACAUCAAGAUGAAUGUGCUCAUGCAACGGCAAGAAGGCGAGCGUACUUACAGCGAAAUGUUCAAGCGGUACGGCCGCCGCGUGUUCAUCGCCAUGUCGGCACAGGCGCUGGCCCAGCUGAACGGCAUCAACGUCAUUUCGUACUACGCCCCCUACCUUUUUGAGCGCGCCGGCUGGAUAGGGCAAGCCGCCGUGCUGAUGGCUGGUAUCAAUGGUAUCACGUAUGUGCUGUCGACCAUCCCACCGUGGUACAUCGUGGACCGCUGGGGUCGCCGGCCGAUUCUGCUCUCGGGCGCUAUCGCUAUGACGCUUUCGCUGUCGUUGAUCGCGUACGUGCAGUAUCUCAACAUCGACGCCACGCCAAAGCUGGUCGUCAUCCUCGUAGUCAUCUACAACGCGGCGUUCGGGUACUCGUGGGGACCCAUCCCCUGGCUCUACCCCCCGGAGAUCCUGCCUCUCAAGAUCCGCUCCAAGGGCGCCAGUCUGUCGACAGCUACCAACUGGGCGUUCAACUGGCUCGUGGGCGAGAUGACGCCCAUCCUGCAGGAAUUGAUCGCCUGGCGGCUGUACCUUGUGCACGCCUUCUUCUGCGCCGUCAGCUUCGUAGUCGUGUACUUCCUCUACCCCGAAACGUGCGGCGUCCGCCUUGAGGACAUGGACGCCCUCUUCGGCGACUCGACCCGCGCGCUCGGCACCCCGGCCUCGGCCACGCCGGCCAUCCACGCCGAGUCGGACGCGCUCCUGCGGCCCGCGUCGCCCAUCUCGGCCCUCGAUGCCGCGAGGAACAUCUCGCCCAUGGGCAGGCACCCUGCGAGCGCGGCGAUCCCGGGCCUCGAUAUCGACCCUCCCGUUGACGUGGAGGCGGAUAGCAAGCCUAGCCAGAGCGGCGGUGGUGGUUCCGGGGGAGUUGGUGGGUGGUUCUCGCGGAUCAUCGGACGGGGAGGGAGGGGUGAGGGGAGUGGCGGGGAGUAUGCCGCUGUUGAUCAGAGGGAGAGUUAGAUAGAUGCGGUUUGGGAGCACCAAUGGGGACUAGCUAGAC